CACGUCGCGUUUACACUAUGAAAUUAGUUGCAUGACAUUAAUUUCAUCAAAAAAUCGCGCAGGGCACGAAACUAAUUUCCAUGCAUGAAAUUAAUGCAUGCAUUACGAAAGUAUUAAAUUACACGUGAAACUGUUAGUAAAACUAAUGUCACGAAAUUAAUUUCACGCCACUAAUUUCGUAAUGUAAAUUCGGCUUUAAUAAAAGCAUCUUGAACGUGUCUGGAAUGUAUUAUGCAUCUAAAGAUUUGAACAGCCUUUAUCUACGUCAUCUUAAGAAUUUAAAAAAAAUAUUUCUUAUACAAUGAUAUUAUAAUUAUUUUUUAGAUCAGCUAAUUCGGAUCACCUGCCGUAUGCCCAUGCCGGUUCGACUAUUUAUCUCUGUUGCGAUAGUUAAGAAAGGAUCCUCUGUCAAUUUUUAACCUCGAUCAACAAUUGAAGAUUUUUGUGUAGUUUGCAUGUCCAAUAUCAUUGAAUAAGUAAACUAUGCACUUUGCUUUCUUGGCUCUUUAUGAUAGUUGAUAUCCUGUGUGAAUGAUGUACUAGAGACGACCCUUACCUACUUCUUUUAUUGUUUAAGUAAAAACUCAAAACAAAAAACUUCAAGUUCAAAAUGCUUACGUAUGAAUGGCAAGAUGAUAAAUUUAAGUUAUCAGACGAUAAUGUGUUUAAUUAAUAAUUGAUUAAACAAUGAUCAUCGAUAAAAUUAUUGUUGAUUAUAAUAAUUAUUUAUACGUCGAAUUAUUAAGAUGUCGUUGCUAGGUGUGGUCGCGUUGUUAAUACUGGUUGGAACAUCGGUUUCAGCUGAGCAAUCGCUUGCUGAAAAAGCUGCAUCGCAUCCGGGGGUUGCCGGUUCGAGAAUCGUGUCAGGAUGGGAAGCCCGCGAUGGGCAGUUCCCUUACAUGCUGUACCUCCGUUCCGUGGAUGUCCACGGGCGCAUUUCCGCCUGCGGGGGCUCCAUCAUCCACCACAAGUGGGGCAUGACGUCUGCUAGAUGCAUCGCCAGACGCGUAGUUAUUAUGCUCUGGGCGGGAAUGGUGGACCUGAGCCGGCCCCGCGUCUACAUCGAGACCGCUUCGUACUUCACGGCCCCCGAGUACAUGGAUGACCUGCAUCAACUCACCCAACCGCACGACAUCGGGCUGGUCGGGUUCAAUCGGCAUCUUGAAUACAGUCAAUUCAUUCAGCCCAUCAGAUUGAUGCGUUCCGCUGAUAUGAACAAGGAGUACGCGGGUGUGAAGAUGACGACCAGUGGCUGGGGUACAGACUGGACGAACGGGAACCCUACGCAAAUAUUAAACUUCGUGCACCUGAGGGGAGUGAAUAACAUCGUGUGCGCGCUUUGGUUACAAAGCUCGUUCCACGUGAGGGUAUCCACCAUUUGCGCCGGUCCAUACAACGUUACGAGUCAAGGGAUAUGUUCGGGCGACAGCGGCGUGCCCCUGACUCUGUUGGAGGAGGAUGGCCAGCUCACCCAGGUCGGAGUCGGCUCGUUCGUCUCAUCGUUCGGGUGCCACGUCGGUCUACCUAAUGCGUUUGUGAGGCCGGGCCAUUAUCACGACUGGAUCCGCGCGGUCACCGGCAUCCAGUUCGACUGGUGAAUGGGAGCGUCCUUGGAAAUGCCGACAUCGCGGUCCAUGGACAGCAGUAGCGGGACCCGGUCGGUGGAUUUAACGAAAAGCGUCGAAUUAAAUUUAAUUAAAA